AUGGACAGGAUUUUCUCUGGCUUCUUGCUCUCUGCGCUUCUUCUCUUCCAGGAUCAUGGCAUUUACGGGGCUCCUCCUCAGCCCAGAGGCGCUCUGUGUAGGACGAGACCCACCGACCUGGUGUUCAUCAUCGACAGCUCCCGCAGCGUGCGCCCCCACGAAUUUGAGCAGGUCAAAGUCUUCUUGUCCCAGGUCACCGAGUCCCUCGAUGUGGGCCCCAAUGCCACUCGGGUGGGGGUGAUCAAUUAUGCCAGCACAGUCAAGAACGAGUUCUCCCUCAAGACCCACUGGACCAAAGCCAGCCUGCUGCAAGCCGUCCGCAAGAUCAAGCCGCUCUCCACGGGCACCAUGACGGGCUUGGCGAUCCAGUUUGCCAUCAAUAGGGCGUUCAGCGACUCAGAAGGGGCCCGUGUGAGGUCUCCUGAGAUUAACAAGGUGGCAAUCAUUGUGACAGACGGACGCCCCCAGGAUGGUGUGAAGGAUGUAUCAGCGAGGGCAAGAUCCCUUGGCAUUGAGCUGUUUGCCAUCGGGGUGGGCCGAGUGGACAAGAACACUCUUCGGCAAAUGGCAAGCGAGCCGCUGGACGAGCACGUGGACUAUGUAGAGAGCUACAGUGUCAUUGAGAAGCUGGCCACAAAAUUUCAAGAGGCCUUCUGUGAUCUGUCAGACCUCUGUGCCUCUGGAGACCACGACUGUCAGCAGAUCUGUGUCAGCACACCCGGGUCAUAUACCUGCGCUUGCAAAGAGGGCUUCACAUUGAACAGUGAUGGGAAAACCUGCAGUGCCUGCAGUGGUGGAUCUGCCACUGACCUUGUGUUCCUGAUUGAUGGCUCCAAGAGUGUGCGACCUGAGAACUUUGAGCUUGUGAAGAAGUUCAUCAACCAGAUCGUGGAUUCGUUGGAUGUCUCCGAUAAAAAUGCUCGCGUGGGCCUUGUCCAGUACUCCAGCUCCGUCAGGCAGGAGUUCCCUCUGGGACGGUACAACAACAAGAAGGACAUCAAGGCAGCAGUGAAAAGGAUGUCCUACAUGGAGAAAGGAACCAUGACAGGCCUAGCGCUGAGGCACCUCACUGAAAAGUCUUUUGAUCCCUCCAGUGGAGCCAGACCUGGCGUCCCCAAGGUGGGCAUUGUCUUCACGGAUGGACGGUCACAAGAUUACAUCAGCGAUGCUGCCAAGAAAGCCAAGGAUUCAGGCUUUGAGAUGUUUGCUGUGGGAGUGGGCAAUGCCGUUGAAGAUGAAUUAAGGGAAAUUGCCUCAGAGCCAGUACCAGCGCACUAUUUCUAUACUGCUGAUUUCAGUACCAUCAACAAGAUUGCAAAGGAACUGCCUACGAAAAUCUGUGUCGAGGAGGACCCAUGUGAAUGUAAAGCCAUUGUGAAGUUCCAGAAAAACGUAGAAGACCUCAUAAAGUCAUUGACACGAAAACUGGAAGCUGUGACAAAAAGGAUCGCCGCCCUGGAAAACAAGAUCAUCUAAACACCCGGAGCACUAUUAUAUUUCUCCUUCGUAACGUAACAGAAUUGUGCCAGAAGACCUUCAUGCAUACGCAGGAGCAAC